AGGGCUGAUAGACUUAAACACGAAAGGCAUGGAAUCACGGUGGGUGCAGCAAUCGGACUAAGAAAGCAGGAAAGGAGACAUUGCAAGAUGGCCCGACGAAUGACGUUCUGGGAGGACGGACCUCGUGGGAUCCUGCCACCGAGAAUAUCAGAAGGCAGGGUCGAAAUAAGCCUGCCAGCAAGAAAUGCGGUAAGCAAUCCGGUAAUGGACUGGGUGGGGGUAGAGUUGGUGGAGGACACGGUGUACCUAGUAGUGGAGCUGGAAUGGCGUGCGAGAGAGGAGUUCGGGGGCGUAAAUCUGAACCUCCCAGGGCGAGUGCAUGCGACGGGAUCCUUACACCUGUCGGAAGAAGGGUGGCGGACCGUUGGUAUUGCCUUGGCCUCCGGGGAUGACCCCGUGCGAAUGUUCGAAGGGGCAUGGCAAAUAACCUGGCGGGAGGGGUUUGAGUUUGCAGACCCGGAACGAGAUGACGUGACGGCAGAGGACAUCAAGGACUUACUCCGCCGGUUCCUAGUAUACAACAUUACGGCUAGUGAACCAAAGAGUAUCCUAGCAAUACCGGAGGUAACUAUACUAGGAUUUCGUUGCGGUGCUUACGGCAGGAAGCCGGAUCCGGAAAAGACCGACAAGAUAUCACAGUGGCCGACACCGCUACGCACGACGACGGAGGUAAGGGCGUUUCUAGGCGUAGUCGGCUUUUGGAGGAUCUUCAUUAAGAACUUUGCCAAGAUUGCUGAGCCUAUCCGGGCUAUGAUCAGGGAAGAAGGAACCAUUGAUUGGACGGAGGAGCGAGAGGGAGCUGUCCAGACCCUCAAGGGCAUUCUGACGUCGGAGCAGGUCGCUUUGUCGGCCCCCUGCUUUAAUGAUGAGGUAGGACGACCAUUCAUCCUGGAAACAGAUGGAGGGCCCUUGGCCGUAGGAGGCGUACUGAUUCAAAGGGACGAGGGAGGAAAAGAGAGGCCAAUUAGGUUCGAAAGUAGAACCCUGAACUCCGCAGAACGGCUGUACUCGCAAUUCAAGAAGGAAGUCCUAGUCAUCCUGCAUUGCCUUAAGACCUUCCAGGCCUACCUAUUUGGGAGGCGAUUCAUCUUAAGGAUCGAUCCGACGAAUGUCGCAGGGGCUCUAAAGAAGUACAGGCCUAUAGAUCCGACGGUGGGGAGAUGGGUAGGAUUCAUCUGGCAGUUCGAUUAUAAGAUCGAACGGAUUGCGGGGAUUAGGAACAAGGUUGAUGGGCUCAGCCGGGUCUGCAUCACUCCCGAAGGGGUGGAGGAUGCGGAGCCCAUAGACGCGUUCCUCGAAUACGAAGGAGGAACUCUUGCGCUGGAUAAUGAAAGGAUGAGCGAAGGAUGCACGUCGGGAGAACUAUUGAUCCAGACUUUGGAGAAGGGGGCACCUGCCGAAGGGAAAAAGUUGAGACCAGUCGAGUACAUGAGCAAAAAGAUGCCAUCAAAGAAGUUGGCAAAGUCCACCUACGAAAGGGAACUCUAUGCUAUCUACAAGGCACUCGUCCACUGGAGGCACUAUUUGUUAGGGAGGUUCUUCUAUUUGAGAACUGACCAUCAGACCCUCAAGUGGAUCACGACCCAACCAGUUAUCUCCGAUGCACUCAAACGCUGGAUUGAAGUCAUAGAUCAGUAUGACUUCAAACUAGACUAUGUGAAGGGAGAGUACAACAAGGUUGCAGAUCCGUUGUCUAGGAGGGCAGAUUACCUAGGUGCGCUGAUUUAUGAGUUUGGCUUGUCUGAGGACGUUACUCGAUCUUUGGUGGAAGCCUACAAGGAAGAUCCCAUCACGAUGGACAUCAUCAACAAAUUGCAGGCCAAAGACAAGGCCACAAUUGACGAGUUUGUGAUGGUGGAUGGGUUACUCUUUCUCGAGAAGGCAGGAUUUAAGAGGUUCCAUCUAGGGAGAUUUUGCGUAGUUUAUUUUUAGCAGGCUGUCGAACAUAUCAAGAAAUCUCAAGAAGCUAUGAUUGCAUCUGAGAACAAACGUCACCGACAGUU